ACCUAAAAAGUGAGAGUAAAAAAAAAAAAUCAGACCCGUUUACUUGUGAACUUAUCAUAAAUUUACCUUUGAUUUAUGCCUCGUUUUCUUCUUCUUCUUCUUUUUGGGGUUCCACCGGACAAGGGUAACCUAUAAAAACAAAGCCAUAGCAAGCCAACCACACACCACCGCCAUCGUUCUCGGAGCUCGUCCUUUGCGCACUUCUUCCCAGUGCGUGUACUUGGCUUACCUCCACUUUCACGGAAAUAUGAGCCACAACAGCAAGACCAGGCGGUUCAAGAACCACCACCCCCAUCGGGGGCAGUCCAGCCGAAGCCAUCAACUUCCGGAAGACGAGUCUCUGCCAUCUGACCAAGCAGCUGAAGAGGAGCCAGCAGGUCCGAAAAUCCAUCUUGCUAUGUGGGAUUUUGGGCAAUGUGAUGCAAAAAGGUGCACUGGAAGGAAGCUCUCAAGAUUCGGCCUGUUAAAAGAGUUGCGCGUGAAUAAUGGUUUUGGGGGAAUUGUUUUAAGUCCAGUUGGUACACAAUGUGUCUCAAAAGAAGAUUAUAGCUUAAUGAAGAGGAAAGGAUUAGCUGUUGUGGAUUGUUCAUGGGCACGAUUGGGUGAUGUACCUUUUGUGAAGCUGCGUUGUGCUGCUCCUCGUCUUUUGCCGUGGCUUGUAGCAGCAAAUCCAGUAAAUUAUGGUAGACCAUGUCAACUAUCUUGUGUGGAGGCAUUAUCUGCAGCUUUACUCAUAUGUGGGGAAGAGGAAACUGCAAAUCUGUUGCUUGGCAAGUUUAAGUGGGGUCAUGCUUUCUUGUCCCUCAACAGGGAACUUCUGAAGGCAUACUCCGAGUGUGAAAAUAGUGCUAAUAUUAUUUCAGUUCAAAAUGCUUGGCUUUCACAACAAAGACAAGUUCCAAAGGUUCCACCAGAAGUGAAAGAAGCACACUCAGCAUCUCUCGGUGGGGAUGAGAGCUCUUGUGAUUCAGAAGACGGGCUUCCGCCGCUUGAACGGAAUAUGAAUCAUCUGAACUUGCAGGAAAGUGAUGAAGAAAGUGAGUAGAUAGAAGGUUAUUACAUUUCCAGUUACAUGGUGAGGCACGAAUACAUGUCUUUGGCUUUUGUUCUUUGUGUAGUUAAAGUUAUUACUGUCCAGAAGGAAAAAGUGAUAAUAUCCCCGGUUUUAAGUUAUUUGCUUAAUCA